AUACGCGCGCGGGAAAGACUGGAUAGCUACAGUGAGCACAGGAGUUCGAGGAACUAUGCCUAAAAACUUAUAACAUGACGUUGUAAAUGUUCAAGUUGAUUGCUAGCUUUGUUUGUUAUGAGUCUGUGAGCGUUUUAGGGAAUUGUUUGUCCCGCAUAUAAAGCGAGGCUGUUUUUUUUCAGUGUGUGAGAGAUUUGUAAACAAUGAAAUCCGCCAAAAGCACUAAAGUGAAGCCUGCUGGAGCAUCAGCUAAAGAAGAAGAGUGUGGAAUAUGGCUCGACACAACAGAAUUAAAAGAAAAGAAACAACAGAAACAGCAGAUCCGGCCAAUAUCCAAAUUACUGAACCCACUUGCGAGAUCAGGGGGAUACAGUGUGGCAGUGGCAUUGAGUUUCACUCAGACCAAACUCAACAUGCCUGUCACAAGACAAAGCACAAUAUCAACCUUCUUUUCACCCAAAUCCAGAGAUCCUAACCCUAGUGCAGCACACUCUGGGAUGUUCAGUUCCAUGCACACAGAGGCACGUGCCGGGGCCAAGCGGAAACAUAAUGUGACUUUGGACCCAUCUGAGGUGUGCCAGCAGAUCUGUGACAGAGAUUUUAAAGGAUUGUCAGCUAAAGACAAAAAAGAACAGCGUUUCCUUCAUUUAAUAUGCGGAGAUGAGCCAGAUGAAGAAGAACCUCCUGAAAAAAGGAGACAUGUUUUCCAACACAGAGACCAAAAUGUGCUAGAGACACAAGAAUAUUGGUAUAAAGAAGCUUCAAAUGAACAUCCAAAUCAGACAGUUCCUGAAACUGAGAUUUUCUUUCACGAGGAGUCCCCGGAACACUAUGAUCAGAUUGUCUGGAAGCCCACUGAAGAUGCACAUAAGCAUUUCCUCAAGUCUCCAGGUCCUAAACACACAAACAAAAAUGUAUUAAGAAGUCAGAAGGAAUUGGUUAAGGGCUCUAUCUUAACCUCUAGGCCUGUCAAUGAAAACCACAAAAGAUUGAGUACUUCUGUUAAUCAGGAGCAGUCCUGGCACAAAAAUAAGACAUCACCCAUAAAACGGAUGGGAAAAGAGAAUAGCUGGCCUGCAUCACCUAUUAAAAAUGUUCCAACAUCACCUUUUAAACGCCAGCUAAUUUCCAGUCCAGCAAAGUGCAGGUUGAAGGAGAAAUAUACUUUCUCCCCAAAAAAAUCAGGUAAGGAACUUGCAAACACAGUGAUAGCUGGAGAAACUCUUGCUACGUUGUUCACUCAGGACUCAGAGGGCUUUUGUGUGAUUGCUCAUCGUGACCAGCACUCAAGGAGCCCACUAAAAGACCAAAACAAUUUAUGUGUGGGCAAUGAUUACGGGAAUAGUCCAUCUGCUGCUUCUUUAGAAAAAGCAGAGGAGGAAUCAGAGCCAGAGAUGCUUUUCACCCAAGACUCAGAAGGAAACAUGGUCAUCAAGCAUUACCCAGAAACAGAUGAUUAAUAACACAAGUGUUUUGUACUGAUUUUAUUUUUCAAGCUCUUGAUUUUUAGGUAGGUUUACAUGGUACAAUGAUACUGUGUAAUUAAUAAAACUACGUGAAAAUGUAAAUGAAUAUUCAAUUCAAAAAUAAAAAAUUGUAC